AUGGAAAAGGCGGAGCGCUUGAAUCUGCUGUUCAGCCAGGAUGAAUCAUUGUUGGAACUCGAUACCCAACUUCGGACCGUGCUGGAGAUCCAGCCCAAGUCAGAGGUACCACACAUCGGCGACAGUGCAAACACUGGCUGGGGACAUUUGGACUCUACUAUUCCACGGCCAGAUCAGAGACUUAAAUGGUCCUCUGAGCCAGAUACCAUGGACAAGCCACCUUGCAACGCUACCGAGGCUGUUUCUGAAAGCCCUGAAUCUGCGGCUCAGACAAUCCCAGCUCACAACACCCCCCUCCCUUCUGUAGAAAGCCAUAGAUCUCACGACGGGAGUUUCUCUCCCCUUCUAACAAUUUCAAGAUACGCCUACAAGUUUGUUAAAGGCGAACUAUCACAGAGGUUGGCCAACCAAUUCUUCGAUGGAGGCAAAUUUUGGAACAGAUGCUGGGAUCUGCACUAUAUCAAACUUCCACCCCAGAUAGGUCUUUGUCAUCUCAUUCUCGUGCCCACUUCCCAAGUCCGAGAUUUCUUCCAAGAGAUCAACCAUGCCCUGCAAUGUAACCUAGCCCUCUCGGAUGAAGGUCUGAUUCUCAACUUUCACAAGGAAGGAUUUCCUCAACCUAUAUUCAUAGGCAGAAGCACCAGCCGGGAGACCAAAGACCGCUUGGAAUCGCAGGUCCCCGCCUCAUCUGGCAGGACCUGUCCUUCGUCUGGAAUGGAUGAGCAGUUCCUAGCCUUUGAGCAAAUGAUAGAGACCGCGUGGGAAACUACUAGGAACAGGAAGAAACCUUCUAAAGCCAAGCAGCAACUCCGCAUCCAGAAUCAGCAACGACUAGCUGAUAGCCUCAGGCGAACCCAGAGCUACCUGGGUCUACGCUCAGAUGAGAUUAACGACAUGAUCGACGACAUGUCCUGGGAGGAGAGGAGAGACCAGCAGCCGAAACCAAGGCCCUCCCGACCCUUGCGCAUGGAUAAGCCCGUACCGUUCCCCUUCUGGCACCAGCCCGUGUUCAUUAGUAUCGAUGUGGAGUCCAAUGAGCACCAUCAUAAACAGAUCACGGAGGUAGGCAUCUCCACUCUGGACACUUUAGAUCUCGUUGACAUUUCCCCCGGCGACGACGGAGAUCAUUGGAGGACCAAGAUCCAGUCACGGCAUCUUCGUGUGGAAGAAUAUGCACACCACGUCAACCGAGACUUUGUCAUAGGCUGCCCGGACAACUUUGAUUUCGGAGCCAGCGAAUGGGUCUCCACCGAUGAUCUGGUUGCUGCCGUGCAGGCUUCCUUCCAAGUGCCAACGGUGGGGGAGUCACAUGCACCGCGUAAUCUGGUUCUCGUUGGACAUGCAACCACCGGCGACGUGCGGUAUCUCCGUCAGAUUGGUGUACGAAUGGAACGCAAGCCUGAAGGGACCGCCGGGUUCAUAGAUACGGUGGACACCGCGGACUUCUUCCGAAUUAUCCGGAACGAGACAACCACGCGUAAACUAGGAGGUAUUCUCCAGGAAUUCGACAUGAUUGGCUGGCAUCUGCAUAACGCGGGGAACGAUGCGCGGUACACGAUGGAAGUGAUGGUCCAGAUGAUGUUGGAACAUAGCCGAUGA